CCAGCUAGUCAUCAUAUGGGACGCUAUUUUCUUGAGCAUUUGGGUGGACGACGGAUAUUUUCAUGUGAAAAUUGUAAAGCGUUCCUGACGAAUGAAGACGAACUAAUUUCGAGGCAUUUCACUGGAUCAACUGGACCGGCAUUUCUAUUUGAUCGUGUUGUGAAUGUGGAAUACUCAGAAACUCAAAUGAGGACAAUGAUAACUGGACGACAUAUUGUAAGAGAUGUUAUGUGUAAACGCUGCAAGGCGAAAUUAGGGUGGAUGUACGAAUAUGCAAUGAAUGAACCACAAAAAUAUAAAGAAGCAAAAGUGAUCCUUGAGAAAGCAUUAAUUGAAAUGAGCGAUGGAAUCGAUAAUGCUGUUGAAGAAAUCAGAGAGCCAAGGUUACAUAUUUCAUCGUGAUAUCUUGUAAUAUUAUUCUUAUUAGAAGUGUAAGAUAAAUCGUUGAUUAUUACUUUAUUCGUGUUAUAUAAAAGAUUAUGAACGAAUCCGAAUUAUAACUUAAAUGAUAUUUCAUGUCGAUGAGAACGAAUUUUGUUUAUUUGUGACUGAAUCUAUAGAUAGCAAGGUAGUGCACGGUUAAUGUUUGAAACGUGAUACUGAGAUAAUAAUAAUUGUUCCGGUUGGUUUGUUAAGUGUCAAACAUUAUGCCAUAGUGCUAUGUACCGACGUGAGGUUUUGGCUGACUUGCUCGUUAUUCAUGUACUUAUUGAUGAAUUACUGAUCAAUCUGCAGUUAUAAACCAUAAUUUGAUGUGUUGUAAUUAAAUAAUUAUUGUUUUGAUCAAUCGAUGUGUGCAAUGGAUUGUAUAUUAUCGAGAACAAUUCAGUACAUGUGUGUUUC